CUACAACUGUCAAGAAGGACAAACGUCCUUGGUGUUCCUGUGCAGAGUAGAAUAAUCUAUUUUGAUAAGACAAUGGCCGAAUGUGAUUAUAUAAUGAGUGACGAUGAAGAUUAUGGAUUAGAAUAUUCAGAAGAUAGCACAUCCGAACCAGAUGUUGAUUUAGAAAACCAGUACUAUCACAGCAAGGCAAUGAAAGAGGAAGAUCCUGUAGCAGCUCUUGCAGCAUUUCAAAAAGUAAUUGAUUUGCAAGGACCCUUUAAAGGCGAGUGGGGUUUUAAAGCGUUAAAGCAAAUAGUCAAGAUUAAUUUCAAGUUAAAGAACUACGAAGAAACCGUAACGAAAUACAAGGAAAUGUUAGGUUAUAUAAAAAACGCGGUAACCAAGAACCAUGGUGAGAAAUCGAUAAACUCCAUUUUGGACUAUACGUCAAGCACAGAAAACAUAGAAGUGUUGCAGGGAUUUUAUGAAACAACAUUGGACACACUUAAACACACUAAAAAUGAUCGAUUGUGGUUCAAAACGAACGUGAAGUUAGGUAAGGUGUUCCUCGAACGACGAGAAUUCAACAAGGUUGCCAAUAUCGUUCGCCAAUUGUACCAAUGUUGUCAGACGGAAACGGGUGAAGACGAUGUUUUGAAAGGAACACAACUCCUCGAAAUAUACGCGUUGCAAAUCCAAAUGUACACGGAGCAAAAGAACAACAAGCUUCUCAAGGAGUUGUACGACCGCUCGUUAAGGGUACGUUCGGCUAUACCUCAUCCGCUCAUAAUGAGCGUCAUUAGAGAGUGUGGCGGCAAGAUGCAUUUACGCUCGGGAGACUACGAACAGGCGUACACCGAUUUUUUUGAGGCGUUCAAGAACUACGACGAGUCGGGCAGCCCGCGUCGUACCACUUGCUUAAAGUACCUCAUACUAACUAGCAUGCUGAUGAAAUCGGCAAUUAACCCGUUCGACUCGCAAGAGGCCAAACCGUACAAGCUCGACGCCGAAGUUCAAGCCAUGACCAAUUUAAUUACGGCGUAUCAAAAUAAUGACAUGAAACAGUUCGAGAACUAUUUCCAAGAGAAUAAGGAGUCACUACUGAAAGACCCGUUCAUAUGCGAAAAUAUCGAAAUACUACUUAAGAAUGUGCGUACUCAGGUGUUACUCGCGCUCGUUAAACCUUAUAAAAAAGUAGCGUUAUCUUACAUUAGCCGUGAAUUGAACAUUUCCGAGGACGAAACCGAACACGUUCUUAUUUCUUGCAUUUUGGACGGACUUCUUAAAGGAAGAAUAGACCAAGUUAACAAUGUUUUCAUCAAAAACACCGAAAAGAACGAGGCGCAACAAGACCGUUACAACGUUCUUAAAACUUUGACCGAUCGGAUUGACAAAAUACAUCGGUCUUUAACGGAAUAACUUAUUGUUAUCUAUUUAAGAAAACAGUUCGUCACAUUUAGAAUUAAAGUUCAGUUUUUUCAUGUUUACUAUAUAUACCUAAAAUGAUGCAGGAAACUAUGCAGUAUCCAAAAACCGUUAAAUAAUACUUUCGUACUUACUAGAAGAGUUCAGCCUAUUGAAUUAUUAUAAAUUCCACGAUUUUCGAGAGAUUUCUUUAAAUUUAAAAAAGUAAUACUACGGUCAAAACACAUAAAUUUUUCGCUGCAUCAGAACUAUUUUUAUUUUUUAAGUCCAAUAAAAAAAAAACUACAAUUUAAUAAGUCAUUUCAAUACAGAAAAUAAAUGUCUAGUUAGAACUCUCACUUUUACAUACAUUUUCGAACAACUAUCGAACUUGAAAUGAUGAACUUUCAGGAGCUAGCAUAGGUAAAUAUCUCGAAAAUUGUGAGAUCUUUAUUAAGACUAUUUUACCUUCAGCAGACACUGAUGGACUAAUCCACUAUUAGAUAAUGGACUUUUUAUUAUAUAAACAUUUUAAACCUCUUGUUAUUCCUUGUAUGAUAUUUAUAGAAACAAAAAAAUUUUUUAUGCAACUGUAACCUUACUGUAACUGAAAAUAUAUAUAAUAAGCAACGCAUAAGCGUCUUAAACUUUUGACAUAUUUGCUUUUUCUUAUCAACACCCCACUUAAAGGCGACCAAGCGCGAGUCUGACUGGCGCACCGAGAAUUCCGAACAAACUUGUAACUAUGCAAAUAGUUUUCCCGCUUUUUCCGAGUAUAUUUUAAG